GCAUCAUCAACAUUAGAUUAUGAUACAACAAAUACGAUUGGUGAUAUUUUUUCUAAAUAACCAAUGAAACAAGAUUUAACAAAAAAGGUUUUAGUAAAACCGGAAGCGGAAGAACAUAAUACACAAAUCUUGAUACAAUGCUGGUUUUAGUGCUUGGAGAUCUUCACAUUCCACAAAGAUGCUGUGGGGUACCAGCAAAGUUCCGAAAAUUGUUGGUUCCUGGCAAGAUACAGCACAUCCUGUGUACUGGAAACUUGUGCACGAAGGAAUCAUUUGACUAUCUCAAAACCCUUGCUAGUGAUGUGCAUGUUGUAAGAGGUGACUUUGAGGAGAACCUGAAUUAUCCGGAACAAAAAGUUGUGACCGUAGGUCAGUUCAGGAUUGGUAUGUGCCAUGGACAUCAGGUGGUACCAUGGGGUGGCAUGGAGAGUCUCGCUAUGGUUCAACGACAACUUGACGUAGAUAUACUCAUCUCUGGUCACACUCACAGAUUUGAAGCAUUUGAGCAUGAAAACAAAUUUUACAUAAAUCCUGGAUCAGCCACUGGAGCUUACAGUGCUUUAGACAGUGAUAUAGUCCCAUCAUUUGUGAUCUUAGAUAUACAGCAGUCCACAGUUGUGGCUUAUGUUUAUAAACUGAUAAAUGAUGACGUCAAAGUGGAAAGAAUAGAGUACAAGAAAAACUGAAGCAUCAAAAUCACUGUAAUAGACAUGAUAUUGAAGAAUUGUCCAUAGUGGUAUAUAAGUGGAAGUGAAGGUUUAAAGGGAUCAAUUUUAAAAAAAAACUUUUCUAGCUGAGAUUUUCCUGAAGAAUAGUCUUAAGUCAAAAGUGUGUAACAUAGAGGUUGUUGUUGACAAUAGGACUAAUCCCUUUCUUAAACUCUUUGAAAUACUGAUGUAGCAAGAAGUUUUUAAAAGAUUUCUUUUUUUUUUGAGAAAUAGUUCUGAUGUUUUGCCUUUGAAUGAAAGUUAAAUGAUUAUUUCAGGUAAACAUGAAAUCUUUAAAAUACUUUAAAAGGUACUGGGUAUGUCACCUUCUUAACUUGAAAAUACUGGAAUGUAACAUUUGAGGAGUUUGAAAGUUUUCCCAUUUCUUCAUAGGAUCCAAGGAUUGAAGACUUAAUGUGCAAUAGUUUACUUGUGUAAAAUAUCAGUGAAAUAACUGUUGUUUGAUCAAUUUGUUAGGAGGUAUCUUUUUAUGUAUCCCUUAUUUUAAUUCAGUUAAAGUUUAUAUAUCUGAAAUGUUUCCUAGUUUUUAAAAUACUUUACAAAUGUAUGACCAGUGGGUGAUUUCAACUGUCUUCAUUAACCCAUGAAAUGAAUCAGUUAUGUCUUAUUUCAGGAACAUUUUGAGCUUUGAGGUACCAAUUUGCCAAUUACAUGCAAUAUUUUGGUACCCGUCAGUUGAAAGUACUGGUAACAAUGAUUUCCAGAGGUUCUGGAAGCUCAACCCAUUGCUACCCAAGAAUUCAUUUGAGCCAUGCUUAAUAGUAAUAUGCAAACAAUACUUCUAUGGUCAAGGCAUUACUUUUUGUAGAAAUAAUGCGUACUUGAAAAAAAAUGUUCACAAAUCUACUGUUACAUUAUUCCAAGUUUUCAAAAUAAGCAUUCUUUGUGUACUUUAAUUGUAUCAAGUACUGGUAAUGCACAAACUUUUUUAUUUCAUAUUUGUGAUAUUUGUAGCGUGUAUUUUGUUUUGUUGAGAGUACACUGUGAAUAAAUAAAUAUAGUUAAAUUAAA